AUGCGGCGGGAGAACAUUGUUCCGCUAACGACCGCGCGCAAGCCGCUGAGCAACCUCACCAACCUCCCACCGACCAUCACGCCGACCAAGGAUGCGUACCAGACCCCCGAGAAGGUCAGCAAACCUAGUGCUGUUGAUACCAUUCGCAAGCUUUUGCACUUGGCCAUGGCGUUUGAGAAGCGCGAUCGGCUGGCCGCGGCCCUCGCCGUGUACAACUGCACGAAUCGCCUUCUUCCAGCAACCAACACCAAGCUCAAAGCGCGUAUUCACCGCCUCACAACCGAGCUGAUGAGUGCGCAUCACAUGGUGGUGGAUCUCAAAGCACCGAUCGAGACGACGCUGCAAGUACGUUGCGCCAAACAUUGCGGCUUGUUGAUUUCUUUCUCUUGA